AUGGGAGUGAAAGUCCACGCUGUCUCGGGUUCCACCCUGGUGUAUUUCAUCCAGCUUCCUUGGGCAAGAUGUGAAGAGAGCUGUGUCAGUCCUGAACAUUGCCUGACCACAGACUGGGUACAUCUCUGGUAUAUAUGGUUGCUGGUGGUCAUCGGGGCGCUGCUUCUCCUGUGCGGCCUGACUUCUGUGUGCUUCCGCUGCUGCCUGAGUCGCCAGCAAAAUGGGGAGCAUGAGGACCGGCCACCCUACGAAGUGACGGUCAUCGCUUUUGAUCAUGAUAGCACUCUCCAGAGCACGAUCACUUCCCUGCAGUCAGUGUUCGGUCCUGCGUCCCGCAGGGUCCUGGCAGUGGCCCACUCCCACAGCUCCCUGGGCCAGCUGCCCUCCUCCGGGGACACCCUCCCUGGGUAUGAGGAAGCUCUUCACAUGAGUCGCUUCACCGUCGCCAGGUGUGGGCAGAAAACACCUGACUUACCCCCAGUGCCAGAAGAAAAGCAGCUGCCUCCAGCAGAGAAGAACUCUUCUCAAGCAGAACACUCUUCAGAUUGA